AUGACUCUAACUAUGACAAAAAAACUUAGCGAAUGCCAAGCAGAAACUGUGCAAUUUAUGCCCAUAGAAAAGGUAGAAGAUGAAUGUAGAACAGAAGGCUACUGUCAAUCCAGUGGUCUUCUGCGAAGAGGGAAGAAAUUGGAAGACAACAAUAACAUAACCAAAGAGGAGGAGGAGUAUAUCAAUUACCGACAACUCCUCAAAUAUGAACAGGCACCAGAAUAUAUUAAACACAAUCAAUACAUAAGAGAUGGAUAUAGAAAAUUAUUGCCCACAAAACUAUGCUGGGAAAGCAUAUUCUGGUGGACGAAUGAGACUAUGAACAUAUGGACACACAUAUUCGGUUUCUUCUUGCUAUUGUUCCUGACCAUCAAUGACUUGGUGAUCAUAAACAUCCACGCGACGGUCACAGACAAGAUCGUCGCUGGCUUAUUGUUCUCUUGUUUUCUGAUAUGCAUGGCGCUGUCAGCCCUCUACCACACGUUCUCUUGCCGGUCAGAGCACGAUUACAACACGUUCCUCAUGUACGACCUCUUUGGAAUCGCGCUCUCCUUACUGGCCAUCUACACUUCCGGUGUUUAUUACGCGUUCUGGUGUCAUUCUGAACUAAAAACGUUCUACAUGACAUCGGUGACCGUAAUCUUCGUGGUGGCGAUGGUGCUGCAGAUCCCUCGGCUAGGGGUGCCGUACCUCGUGAAGAUGUGCGUGUUCAUCGGCUGGGCAGCCUACGGAGUGUUGCCUACGCUGCACUGGACGUAUACUAUGGGGGGAUUCGACAACCCUAUGGUGCAGAUGUUCUUCCCAAGGGUGAUUGGGAUGUAUGUGAUAAGUGGAACUGCCUUCGUGAUAUACGCCUUUAAGGUUCCCGAGCGUUGGUUCCCAGGCAAGAUGGACUACAUAGGCCACUCCCAUCAAUGGUGGCAUGUGCUGGUAUUAGGAGCUCUGUACUACUGGCACAACUCCGGCAUGAUGUAUGUCCAGUACCGUAUGAACCAUGGCUGUGCUAACACCAUGCGGAUCUUCUAA